AUGUAUUCUCUCACCUGCACCGACGCACAUCAGUAUGCGAAUCCCGGGGAGGUUUACGUCCUCGACAUUCUACCCACAAAUGCGGGCUUGGCUGCGAUAUCGUCAGACCAGACACUCAGUCUUUUCAAUGCCACAGAGCUGAAGCGAGGUCCGGUUCGACAGUUCACCACCUCCCAUGGCAACAUCACGGCUCUCAGGGCCUCGGAGCCCAUGUCCCCUGUAGUACUAACAGCGGGUGAGAACGGCUCAGUCUCGGUCUGGGACUUGAGAGAUCCGGCCACCUCUUCCAGCUCAGCAGCAGACGGCCUAGUCAACAUUUGUGACAUCAGGAUAGCGGAUGAGGACGAGGUCAUCGUCCAGACAUUCAACCACGGUGCCUCCAUCCACCGCGCGGGGUUCCUCAACCAGACCGAGGUGUUUGCAUUGUCCAACGACGAGAAGCUCGCGCUGUACGACAUGGCCGAGCAGCAAGAAAAGGGUUCGGCCACCCUCGACUUCAGCGACAUGAGAUCAGUCAUCCAGUGCCAAUACGUCGCAAGCGUACAUCCAAAGGGACCCUCAGCAGCAGUCAUCGGUGCCGGUGCUCAAGACGAGCACCGAUUCCAGCUUAUCCAUCUGUCAAAGACGCCAGGUUGGGGCCUCGACAGCGAUAAUGUUGUCAAUCUCCCCGGUGCCCAUGGCGAAGAGGUGGUGCGAAGCUUCUGCGUCUUUGAUGACGAGCAGGUUGUGUACACCGGUGGCGAGGACGGCCAAAUCAAGGCUUGGAGGCCUACGUCCUAG